AUGGUGGGUGCUGGCAGAGAGGAGCGAUCCAUGGCAGCAGCUUUUGCAGCAAGGGGAGCAGCAACAGCAGGAGGGGAAGGAGCAGCAGCACCACCAAUAGGGGGGGGCACUGCAGCUGGAGUGGCGAGCGGGAGAAGCACUGUGGGAUCUGGUCCGGUCAAGAAGGCAAGCAUUGGAACAGCAACAACAACAGCAGCAGCAGCAGCAGCAGCCACGGCCGGGGGUCCUGGUGGUGCCACUUCUGUGGUGGACCUAUCCUCAUCACAGCUCAAAUCCCAAGUGCUGCGUGUGGGGGGCCUUCCUACUACCACCCCUGUGCAGACAAUCAUCAGUGCAUUCAGCAAAGUCGGCAGAGUUGGGCAUGUGGGCCUUUCAAGUGGAACCUUCCUCCUCACAUUUGACUCGGUCCGCACAGCCACUGUUGCCAAGCGCAUGAUGCAUCGGUCCUUGCUAGCAGGGCAUCAGAUCACAGUGGAUUUUUCUCGCCAAUAA